AUGCAAGCCGAAAGAGAAAACUCGAAAUUGCGCCAGAUAAUUCAGACCGUGCGCAGGUCCGUACAAGAAAACAAACAGCUCCAGCUAGCCUGGGAAAUCCGGCAAAAGAACGAGGCAGCAAUACGUCGCAAGCACGGUUUGGGCGAUUGCUACAUAGCCGCCGAUUUCUGGAAAGAGCCAAUAUCCGGCUGUUUUAGUCGACGUGCCCAUCAAAACCAAAAAGACCAGAUCCGUAUGGCAGAGCGACGCGCACGCGGUGGCACCGCGCGACCCAGACUACCACGCAGCUCACUGUCCUACUCAGAGACAACGGAAGACUUGAAUGUCGAACCAGGCUUUGAGGAAACACUGAAACAGAAAGAAGACAGAGAGGAAUGGGAGCGUUUGGUCAAGAAGGCUGCAGGAGAAAUUGGGUACCUUUACUUUGUUGGUGGUGGUUUUGGUGUCGAUCGCUUGGCGAUGUGGCGAGAGGAUUUUGACAAAAGUAAUCCGUAUCUCGUGGAGAGAAACCAACCUCCCCAUUCACAAACAGUACGCGGUGAAGACGUUCAGGAAUACAGAGAGGCCAAUGAGGAGGACUGGGACGAUGAAAUGGACGUGGAUGAGAUGGAUGUUGAUGACGCCUAG